CGGCCGGGAGAGGGCGCGGCGCGGGGUUCGCGGCUGGCGCUUGAGUUGUUUGCCGGCUCCCGAGCCGCCAGACGCUCGGAGGGGGCCCGGCCGGCUCGUAUUGGGCGGCCGGGAGGGAAGGCGCCCCGGGUCACGACGGCGCCCGCAAGCCGAGCGCGGCCGGGACGUGCACCAUGGACCCAAAGGCGGGCGGCGGCGGCGAGGAGGACGACUGCGUGGACUCGGGCGCCGAGACCGGAGGGUCCGACUACAGCCACCUGUCCUCCACAAGCAACGGAUUCUCUACCUGGCGGACGCCAUGUUGCCUGUUCCUUUACUGUACACACGGUAACAAAGAAAAGGGAAGAUGGAGCCUCCAGGUUGAACAUACCUGGCCCUCAGGUGAGCUUUCCGUUGAAGAGGCGCAGGACCCUUUCCUGGUCAGCAUCCACAUAAUCGCAGACCCAGGGGAGUCCCAGCCCCUGCAGGAGGCCAUCGACAACGUCCUGGCGUGGAUCCACCCGGACCUCCCGCUGUUCCGGGUGUCCGAGAGGCGGGCGUGCCGGCGGCGACGGAAGCCCCCCAAGGGUGCUCAGCCAGCGCUGGCUGUGGUGCUGUUCCUGCAGGAGGAGUACGGCGAGGAGCAGAUCCUGCAGCUGCACCGCACACUGCAGCAGCCGCCCUGGCGCCACCACCACACUGAGCAGGUGCACGGCCGGUUCCUGCCCUACCUGCCCUGCAGCCAGGACUUCUUCACGCUGGCUCCUGGGACGCCGCUUUGGGCCAUCCGGCCCGUGCACUACGGCAAGGAAAUCGUGCGCUUCACCGUCUACUGUCGCCACGACAACUACGCCGACAGCCUCAGGUUCUACCAGCUGAUUCUCCGGAGGAGCCCCAGCCAGAAGAAAGCGGACUUCUGCAUCUUCCCUAUUUUUUCCAAUCUGGAUGUGGACAUCCAGUUCUCCCUGAAAAGACUGCCCUGUGACCAGUGCCCGGUGCCCACCGACUCCUCCGUGCUGGAGUUCCGAGUGAGGGACAUAGGCGAGCUCGUGCCUCUCCUGCCCAACCCUUGCAGCCCCAUCAGCGAGGGGCGCUGGCAGACGGAGGACCACGAUGGGAACAAGAUCCUCCUACAGGCACAAAGGGUGCAUAAGAAGUUUCCUAAACCUGGCAGAGUACAUCAUUCCUCCGAGAAGAAACGUCAUUCCACUCCUUUGCCGAGCACUGCUGUACCAAGCCAUACACCUGGCAGCAGCCAGCAGUCCCCGCUCAACAGUCCUCACCCGGGGCCCAUCCGGACAGGCCUGCCUCCUGGGCACCAGCAGGAAUUUGCCGGACGAGCCAACAGCACCCCCAACCCUCCCUGGUCUUUCCAGAGAAGCAAGUCCUUGUUUUGUUUGCCCACGGGAGGCCCCUCCCUGGCCUCCUCAGCUGAACCACAGUGGUUUUCAAACACAGGUGCCCCAGGGCACAGGGCAUCAGAGUGGAGGCAUGGCCACCUCCUCUCCAUCGACGACCUAGAGGGGGCCCAGGAGACAGACGUGGACACAGGCCUGCGGCUGUCCUCAUCGGACCUGUCUGUGGUCUCUGCAUAUUCUGCACCCAGUAGGUUCUGCAGCACAGUGGAGACACCCCUCCCCUCCGAAAGAUGCAGCAGCCACUGGGCAGCUCACAAGGAUUCCAGGGAGGGACCACUGCCCACUGUCAGCAAGGUGACCACAGAGGCCUCCUGGGCUUCUCUCCCUUUCUUCACCAAAAGGUCUUCCAGCUCCUCAGCGACAGCUCGUGCUGCUCCCCCUGCUCCCAGCACCUCCACCCUCACAGACUCCUCCCCACAGCUCCCACGCGAUACCCCCAAAGUCAAGCAGACUGAUGGAGACAUGCCACCACCCCCAGGGUCGGCUAGCCCCGGGGAUAAUUACAUGGAGGAAUUCUAUAUCUGAGUGCCCUCUGAUCUUGUUCUCGAAACGCACAAACUCAGAGACACAGACUCAGGCCCCACUGCCCUUCUGGCCACUGAGCACACCACAUUCUUCAUGAUCCAUUUCCCAAGAGCCCGUAGCACAUUUGCCUCCCACCCACUCUUAGCUGGGGGGUGGUAUAUCUCUAGAGACACAGCAGAAAAACACUGGCAUUUUUAUGCAAAUAAAUUCCCAACAAACUUGUCAUAAAAUAUAUUUUUUGAAUAUUCAGCAUUUGAGAUAUGGUUUAGUGGGUUUAUACAAUUUAAAUGGCUUAUAUAAUUAUUUGAAAUGAAAAGAAAACCUAGUCAGCCAGAACCAAUUUGGCAAUUUUUCCAUGGUAUGAAGGAAAAUCAAUUAAGGCCAAAACGUUGAAUGUGGAAGAGAUAGUAAGUGACUUGUAUGAGGGAUUACUGCAUAAUAACGUAACACACACCUUACUGGAUUCUCCAUAUAUAUUUACAUUACCAGAGAACAGUGGCCCUAGGGAUGUUUAAGCACUGCUUAUAGUGGAAAAUGUCAGCUUGAGAAGUAAACAUAUGUCAGACUACAGGUAAUUCCUCACCUUGAAGCCAUGCAACACCUGAAAAUCUGGAUUUAUACAGAAGUUGCUAAUGUGUUUUAUAAAGAUUUAGCAUGA